GCUGCCGUUUCCAGGCCGGCCCGCAGUGCCGGCGCUCGGCGCAGUUGCCAUGGUGUUGGGCCCCGGGGGCGGCUGCCGGCAUGGACGAGGAGGCCACGAGAGAUUUUAAUGAACGCUGUGCCCAAUGUUCAGAAGUGAACUGGGGUCUCACUGAUGGAGGGAGACUUUAUUGCAGAUCUUGCCACAAUGUUACUGAGAGAACUACAGACGUUGUAAACUCUGAUUUUGUUUGUAAUUCAAGAAUCCAGACAAUCUCCAAAGGUUUAAAAAAGCAGGAAAAAACUGAUGGAGGCUGUGAAUGGUAUGUUUGUGAAGGCUUUCAGCUCGUACUCAAGAAACAAGCUGAAGCUUUAGAAGCAUUAGGAGUAUGUCCACAAAUGAAGGAUGAAGUUUUGUGCAAUUUUUGGAGGCGUUACCUUCAGAAGACCAAACAGGCAUAUUGCAACACAUCAGCUGGAGAAACUGUCAAAGCAUUAUCAGUGUGCGAUAGCAGUACUGAUGUGGACAGUGAACCGGAGACACCAAGCCCUCUUCAGUUGUUGUCUCUGUCUGAAAGUGAGGGGGAUCUGCAGACUGAUAGCAGCUUUGCCUCAUCAAUUAGCAAGGUCUCAGAAAGCACCUCUGUGUGCUCUGGAUCGGUAGAUGGUAGCUUGUAUUUAAUGAAGAACCGAAAGGAGAAACUGAGGAUGACAAUGCCAAUGACCCUUUCAUUUUGUUACAUGGCGUUACUCUGGUUGAGAGAACCAAUGACAUUAUCUGAUCUCUUAAGGUUUGUUGUUGAAGGUCAUAUUCCAUAUCUGAAUGUUUUUCAGCAUUUUCCGGAGAAGAUGAAAUUAUAUGGACUUGAUCUUAAGAUCUUUCGUGUAGAGUCAUGGCCGGUAUAUGAAGAAGUAUACAACAAAAUGCUUGAGCUUGCGGCGUUUUUAGACCUGCCUCGUUUUCCAGAUAUAACAGACAGCUGCUUUCUUCAUCCAGACAUGUUGUGCAUGAAGUACUUGAUGGAAGCCAAUUUACCUGAUGAAUUGCAUAAUUGGACUUGUCGCGUGGUGAAAAAGAUCCGUAUUGGAGAAGCGGAUUUCCUGACUCUUGUGCCUGGAAAUAAGUCAACAAGAAACGUGAAAUACGAUGUUCUUGCUGCAGCAGUUAUUGUAGUUGUGCUCAAAUUAUUGUUUUUAUUAGAUGAUCACUAUGAAUGGUUACUUUCAGACUUUGCUGAAGAAAGAAAUAAAAAUAACAAAGAAGGUGGUCCGUAUUUUGAGUUCAAAAAGUGGUACAAGGUUAUAAAAUGUUCCUUGGAUGUGAAGCAAAAGAAACUGGAUGAAGAAAGAGCCAAGUAUCUGUGGAGAUGUGAAAAGGUACUUUUUUAUUCAGACAAGCAGAAAUCUAAAGUUCUUAAGAGAAGACAAACGGCUGUGAACUUACAGAAUCAGUUUGGCAAGCUGUCCGGUUCAGUGCUACCUGCUGAAAAGCCAAAUCCUUCAAGUUUUCAGUUAAGUUGGUCUGAAGAAAACACAGAUGGGAGUUGUUUUCACGGGCAUAGCCUGAAGGGAGUUUUGCAAGAAAAACAUGGUUUACUUACAGUCAAAAACCCUGACUAUUGGCUGUGUACAGUUAAACUAUGUAAUGAGAAAAAAUGUGGUCAUCUGGCUCAUUACAGAGAAAUGGACUUUCCCCAGAGUUACCAUUUUGUAAUACAGUUAUUCUCCUUUCUUCUGCGGAUACAGCCCUCUUAUAUCCAUGAUGAGGCUGUUCUGGAGCAACUCUGGCACUGUUUUCUACGUUUCCUUGCAUCCCGCGUAUCAGCCAGUCUCUUGUUAUGCCUGAGCCUCUCGUUCAAGUUAACACCUUUCAGGUGCGUGUUCCACUCCAGGCUUCCCAGAUUUUGCAGCUACUUUUACACCUGGCACUGCCCAUCCUGUUUCUUGUGCAACAGUAAGUGCCGGGUCCUCCUGUCGUUCUUCUUUUGUGAGGCUGCUGUCGGUUGAAUUUCUUCUGUCUGCUUUAUAAUCCAGCACCUUCAGCAGCUUGCGCCUCAGCCAUUCUGCCGGUUUCUCAUGCUCGAUCUUAUUCAUGCACUGUGUUUUGAAAACUUCCAGACAAUGUGUAAAUGAAGUUGGGUGCUGCUGCUACAUUAAAGACACCGUAACAUGAAUAAUGCUGCUUUCGGUUGAAUGAAAUAAACUUCAGCAACUCCAGCCAUCAGUACGGUACGGAAGUUGCCAAAUCUAUUUGAUCAAAACCAAAAUCAACAGCUGUUCCUAAGCAUUAUUAUAGACAAGAAAAAUGGUGUCUGCAGACUUUAUAAAGAGUAAUAGCUUCCUUCCUGAGCAAGGGCUUCAGUGAGAUGGAAGCUGGGAAGGUAAUCAGUUCAGCGAAUAUAGUUCAGUUCUCAGAAUAUGAUGGAAGGGUUUAAAAUCUGUUGCGGUUCAAUCUGUGAAGCAGUCGUCUAAAAAUUGGGAACAGGCAAAUGAUAGGAGAGCAGGUGUGCUGCCCUACCUGUCUGGAGCUAAGUGAUAAAGCAGUAUUUCAAGCACAGGUAGAGCAGACAGGACUAUUAAAGGUAAGUUGUAAUAGUUACUUGGAAAUACCGGCAAACCAGGAGGCUUUGCUGGCUCAGUAGAGGCAGGGUGUAAUUGAGCGUGGUGUCCUAACUUAAGGUGACAGAGAAGACUCAGUUUGGGUGAAAGUUUUUUACUUUUUCAGAUAUUUUAAGUAGAUAUUGUAAAACAAGGAUUUAGAGCAAUAGUCUAUAAAGCGAUUGUAACAUGCAGAUGCGAAGGCAUAGUUUUAGCCGUACAGAGCUAAACUGUGCUUCAUGGGGGAAGAGGAAAGAGCAGACUGAGUUGUUACUUGUUGUAUGUGUUAGAGAUUUCAUAAGUGGGUACCGUUUAGUAUGUCUAAAUCUAUUGCCACAUUGUGCCAAAUACUUCAGACCUCUGGCAAGAUGUGUCUUGAACUGAUGUUAACAUUAAUGGACUCAGAAUAGACCAGUUUGAAUCUCAUCUUGUGUCCGGUGUUUGUGUUUUGAAAUUAGCCAUUAUCUUUUAUGUUUGACCUCACCUGAGUGAAUCACUAAACUUUCUAAGCAUCUGGUAAAAUUAUUCAUUGUUCUUGCUUUAGAUGAGUAUUUGUGUCAGUUAAAAAUCUACAGAAGUGUAAUACACAUUGUCAGUGUUCUCAACAGUGCUUGCUCAAGCGAC